UUGUCUUCAGAUACAAAGGAAAGUGUGGUGAAGUCAAGUGAAGAGCCCCUCCUAAGAAAGAGUUCCCGCCGGUUUGUCAUCUUUCCGAUCCAGUACCCUGACAUCUGGAAAAUGUACAAACAAGCGCAGGCAUCUUUCUGGACAGCAGAGGAGGUUGACUUAUCCAAGGACCUCCCUCACUGGAACAAGCUUAAGUCAGACGAGAAGCAUUUCAUCUCCCAUGUGUUAGCUUUCUUCGCAGCCAGUGAUGGGAUUGUCAAUGAAAACUUGGUGGAGCGUUUUAGUCAAGAGGUGCAGGUCCCAGAGGCUCGAUGUUUCUAUGGCUUUCAAAUUCUCAUCGAGAACGUUCACUCGGAGAUGUACAGUUUGCUAAUAGAUACUUACAUCAGAGAUCCAAAGAAAAGGGAGUUUUUGUUCAAUGCAAUCGAAACAAUGCCAUACGUUAAGAAAAAGGCCGACUGGGCUCUGCGCUGGAUAGCAGAUAGAAAGUCUACUUUUGGUGAGAGAGUGGUGGCCUUCGCCGCCGGAGAAGGCGGUUUCUUCUCUGGGUCGUUUGCUGCUAUAUUCUGGCUGAAGAAGAGAGGCCUCAUGCCAGGACUCACGUUUUCAAACGAGCUGAUCAGCAGGGACGAGGGACUGCACUGUGACUUUGCUUGCCUGAUGUUUCAGUACUUGGUAAAUAAGCCUUCGGAAGACAGGGUCAGGGAGAUCAUUGUGGACGCUGUUCAGAUCGAGCAGGAGUUCUUAACAGAAGCCUUGCCUGUCGGCCUCAUUGGAAUGAACUGUGUUUUGAUGAAACAGUAUAUUGAGUUUGUAGCUGACAGAUUGCUUGUAGAACUUGGAUUCUCAAAGGUUUUUCAGGCAGAAAAUCCCUUUGAUUUUAUGGAAAACAUUUCGUUAGAAGGGAAAACAAAUUUCUUUGAGAAGCGAGUUUCUGAGUAUCAGCGCUUUGCAGUCAUGGCGGAAACCACAGAUAAUGUCUUCACCCUGGAUGCAGAUUUUUAGAGCCCUCAUUUAGAAAAAUACCUUAGAAGCCGGGUAUGUUAGCACACGCCUUUAGUCCCAGCACUCAAGGGAGGCCAAGGCAGGUGGAGUUUGAGGACUGUCAGGGCUACUUAUAUAGAGAGAUCUGUCUCAAAACCAAAAUAACAAAAGCAAA